AUGUUGCGGUUAAUAACGUUUGAUGCUUGUAACACACUAUUUCGUGUUCGAGGAUCACCAGGAGAAGUGUACAGUAACGUGGCCUCUCGGUUUGGGGUCACAGUACAGGAUACAGCUCUGAACGAAUCCUUCACACAUUCUUUCCGACAAUUUUACAAAACAGUGCCAAACUUCGGUGCAAAAACUGAAAAGACUGCAGAAAAAUGGUGGUCUAGAGUGGUCAAACAAACCUUUCGAUCCGCUGGAUUCAACGAUGAAAAGAUUCUCGCCGGAAUUUCCUCGACAUUGUACCGAGAAUUCUCCACUGCUUCACCUUGGGAGGUUUAUCCCGAAACAUUCGAUGUUUUGGAACAUCUUAAGAAUAGAAACUAUCGUCUUGCCGUCAUUUCAAACUUUGACGAACGCCUCGAUAUCAUACUAGAGAAACUUGACUUGAAAAAUUACUUUGAUUUCAUCGCUUGUUCGUUUGAUGUUGGAAUAUGCAAGCCAUCCCCCGGUAUAUUUGAGUUAGUACUGUCUCACUUUGGUGUAAAGCCCGAAGAAACUCUUCAUGUGGGCGACAAUGUCCAACUUGAUUACAAACCAGCCGUAAAGUUGGGGUUGAAAUCUUUAAUUGUUGACCGCCUUUGCAGGGAUUUUAGUGAAGAUCACGUUGAUCCCAAGCAUGUAAUAAGGGAUCUCAUCCCACUACUAGAACUUUGA